AUGGACGUUUCGGGGCAGGAGACGGACUGGCGGAGCGCCGCCUUCCGGCAGAAGCUGGUCAGUCAAAUCGAAGAUGCCAUGAGAAAAGCUGGUGUGGCCCACAGUAAAUCCAGCAAGGAUAUGGAGAGCCAUGUAUUCCUGAAGGCCAAGACCCGGGACGAAUACCUUUCUCUUGUGGCCAGGCUCAUUAUCCAUUUUCGAGACAUCCAUAACAAGAAAUCUCAAGCUUCUGUCAGUGACCCUAUGAAUGCACUGCAGAGCCUGACGGGUGGACCCGCCGCAGGAGCAGCCGGAAUUGGCAUGCCUUCCCGGGGCCCAGGACAGUCCCUAGGUGGGAUGGGAGGCCUUGGUGCCAUGGGGCAGCCGAUGCCUCUCUCUGGACAGCCGCCCCCCGGCACCUCAGGGAUGGCCCCCCAUGGCAUGGCUGUUGUGUCCACGGCGACCCCACAGACCCAGCUGCAGCUCCAGCAGGUGGCGCUGCAGCAGCAGCAGCAGCAGCAGCAGCAGUUCCAGCAGCAGCAGGCGGCGCUGCAGCAGCAGCAGCAGCAGCAGCUCCAGGCGCAGCAGAACGCCAUGCAGCAGCAGUUCCAGGCGGCGGUGCAGCAGCAGCAGCAGCAGCAGCACCUGCUUAAACUGCACCAUCAGAACCAGCAACAGAUACAGCAGCAGCAGCAGCUACAGAGGAUGGCACAGUUGCAGCUGCAGCAACAGCAGCAGCAGCAGGCUUUGCAGGCCCAGCCGCCAAUGCAGCAGCCGCCAAUGCAGCAGCCACAGCCUCCCCCCUCCCAGGCCCUGCCCCAGCAGCUGCAGCAGAUGCAUCACCCACAGCACCACCAGCCACAGCCCCAGCCUCAGCAGCCACCAGUGGCUCAGAACCAGCCGUCACAGCUCCCGCCACAGUCACAGACCCAGCCUUUGGUGUCGCAGGCUCCGGCCCUCCCUGGACAGAUGCUCUACCCGCAGCCUCCGCUGAAGCUUGUCCGAGCUCCGAUGGUGGUGCAGCAGCCCCCGCAGCCACCGGUGCAGCAGCAGACCGCGCCGACAGCUCAGGCCCCCCAGAUAGUGGGUUCUGGAGUCCAGGUCAGCCAGAACAGCCUCACCAUGCUGUCCUCGCCGUCGCCGGGCCAGCAGGUGCAGACCCCGCAGUCGAUGCCCCCUCCCCCACAGCCGUCCCCGCAGCCCGGCCAGCCCAGCUCUCAGCCCAACUCCAACGUCAGCUCCGGCCCUGCCCCGUCCCCCAGCAGCUUCCUGCCCAGCCCCUCACCACAGCCCUCCCAGAGUCCAGUGACAGCGCGCACCCCGCAGAACUUCAGUGUCCCCUCCCCGGGACCUUUAAACACCCCUGUGAACCCCAGCUCAGUCAUGAGCCCGGCGGGCUCCAGCCAGGCCGAGGAGCAGCAGUACCUGGACAAGCUGAGGCAGCUGUCCAAGUACAUCGAGCCCCUCCGCCGAAUGAUCAACAAGAUCGACAAGAACGAAGACAGGAAGAAGGACCUGAGUAAGAUGAAGAGCCUCCUGGACAUCCUGACUGACCCCUCCAAGAGGUGCCCCCUGAAAACUCUGCAGAAGUGUGAGAUUGCCCUGGAGAAACUCAAGAAUGACAUGGCGGUGCCCACGCCCCCGCCACCCCCGGUGCCACCAACCAAGCAGCAGUACUUGUGCCAGCCGCUCCUGGACGCCGUCCUGGCCAACAUCCGCUCGCCCGUCUUCAACCAUUCCCUGUACCGCACAUUCGUGCCAGCCAUGACGGCCAUCCAUGGCCCGCCCAUCACGGCCCCGGUGGUGUGCACCCGGAAGCGGAAGCUUGAAGAGGACGAGCGGCAGAGCAUCCCCAACGUGCUCCAGGGGGAGGUGGCCAGAUUAGACCCCAAGUUCCUGGUGAACCUGGACCCCUCUCACUGCAGUAACAACGGCACCGUCCACCUGAUAUGCAAGCUGGAUGACAAGGACCUCCCGAGCGUGCCGCCGCUGGAGCUCAGUGUGCCAGCCGACUACCCCGCCCAGAGCCCGCUGUGGAUCGACCGGCAGUGGCAGUACGACGCCAACCCCUUCCUGCAGUCGGUGCACCGAUGCAUGACCUCCAGGCUGCUGCAGCUCCCCGACAAGCACUCGGUGACAGCCCUGCUCAACACCUGGGCGGAGAGCAUCCACCAGGCCUGCCUCUCGGCCGCCUAG